CAUUUAUAACUCAUAAUUAAAAACUCUUAAUUUAAACUUUUUUUUUAAUAAUUUCAAGUCGUCGUGUAUAAAGUUAAAAAUGUUAAAUAAUGAAGAUGACAAAUUUUGACGAUAUUAGAUGAUGAUGAUGUCAGAGUUUGGUGAAAAUAUUUGGGAUAUCAGUAGUUGGACAAGUGAUGUUGUGUGGAAAGAUGCUCAUUUGCAUCGUUAUUUUGAUACUCUUCCUUUUAAUGAAUGCAUCAAAGAAGUAAUUGACCUGGCCCAAACAUAUUUUGAAUCUAUUCAUCGUGCUUAUGAUGACGAUGAGGAAGGAGCUGUUGAGCCUGAUUUUCCUUAUUUGGAUAUAUUGGUUCUGAUAACAGAAGAAUAUUUGUACGGAUUUUUUUUCCAAGUUGUUACACCUUUGCAAGAGCUUCAAUUACUUGAAACGCUUUGCCGUUACUUUCAAGAGAGUAAAUUAGAUCCUGUGAGAUAUCUUGUAUUUGAUUGUCUGUUUGGUUUACCUGGUGAAAAUCUUGAUUUGCAAAUAGGAAUACUGGAGCAUAAAAUGACGCUAAUGUGUAAGCUUUCAUCAAUGGCAGUUGGAACAGCAUGUGGAAAUGUAUUGAACUGUAUUGCAGUAUGGAUGCACAGCUAUGGGUCACAGUUAGGAAGAGGAGCUAGAGUUGCAUACUUUAUUGUGAAUGAUUACUGUUACAUAUGCCCUAAAGCAAUUGAUGCAGUUAAAAAUGUUGUUAAUGUUUCUCCUGUUUUUGCUUAUCAAUUUAUUGUUGCAUUAUCUCAUCAUUAUGUUGAUGCGAAACAAGAUGAUGAUAAUGAUGAUUUAAUACCACCAGCAUCUCUAAUAGAAAUUCUUGCUACUUGGAUUAUUGAGCAACCUAAUAUUUGCUCAGUUAAAGUGCCUUCUGUUUUUCUUGAACUUCCCUCUAUUCAUAAAUUUGUAUAUUCUGAUAAUGAGAAAAAUUUUGAUCUCUGCCCUAUUUUUUCAUACAUGGAGUGGUGUCUUUUGGAACCAUUUUUACGGCACCAAACCUUGUCUGAUGUGGCAAUAAAAAAGAAGAGUUAUUCAAUGUUACAUUAUGGGUUUUUGAAGUUUAUGUCAUCUGAGAAGAGCAUUAGUGCAAUGGCUCUAAAUGAUUCAGAUGGAGAAAUUGAACCAGGAGAACUUUUAGAAGAAAAUGAUGGUGUGGAUUUAUUAAAGAAAUCAGAUGUUUUAUUUUUACUGAACGUUGUAAAAAAAUCUAUUCAGAAAUAUCCAGAUGCUUUGGAAGAGCAUAAACAAGAAGCAGUUGAUAAGUUGUUGCAAAUUUUGCAAGUUGCAAAAUGGGCUGGGUGUUACGAUUUUCCACCAAAACAGUUAAUACCAUUUUUUGUUGAUCUUCCAAAAACAAGGUUGUUAACGCUGAUACUGUCAACAUGGUAAAGUUUAACGUGAUGUAAAUAACUGUAUUAUAAUAUUAGUAUAUUUAUUUGUUUUAAUUUAUAUUGCCACUGGUAAUUUUUUUUUUUAGUUUUAUACAAAAAGGGAUUUCUAUUUAAAUGUAUAUUUGCUUGUAAAACAAUAUUAGAAUAAAAAUUUAUACUGUUAA